AGCUACUAACUCAGUUCGUUUGCAGUGCAACUUGUAACAACCGAAAAAACUGCAUAUAGGUCCGAAAUCCAAAUGCUACAAACUAGCAAAACCUGAAGUUUUGAUUCAAAAUGCUCACCCCCUGUAACCCAAUUACCAGAAACAGUCACCCAUUCUUACGACACCUCCUUCCUCACGCUCUCACCACCACCUCCGCCGCCACUCCGCCGCCGCCGCCCAAACCAGAAACCACCAUCGCCAACCUCGUCCUCACCACCGACCCACAAAACCUAAGCCUAGCCCUAAAAACCCACCCAGUUCAAUGGACGCCGGAACUGGUCACCAAAACCCUCAAACGCCUAUGGAACCACGGCCCCAAAUCCCUCCAAUUCUUCACAACCCUAACCCACCUCCCCACCCACGCCCUCUCCGCUGCCGCCUUCGACCACGCGAUCGACAUCGCGGCCCGGUUGCGCGACUACCGGGCUGUCUGGCCCCUCGUGGCCCAGAUGAAAGCCCGCCGCCUCGGCCCGACCCCCAAAACCUUUGCGAUAAUAACGGAGAGGUAUGUCGCCGCCGGGAAACCCGAUAAGGCUGUUAAGAUUUUCUUGGCAAUGCAUCACCAGGGUUGCCCUCAGGAUUUAAAUUCUUUCAAUACAAUUCUUGAUGUGCUUUGUAAGUCUAGGAGGGUUGAGAAGGCUUACUCGCUUUUAAAGGUUUUUAGGGGUAGGUUUAGAGCUGAUACGAUUAGUUAUAACAUAAUUGCAAAUGGGUUUUGCUUAGUUAAGCGAACGCCGAGGGCGUUGGAGGUUUUGAGGGAGAUGGUGGAGAGAGGAUUGGAUCCGACUCUGAUUACGUAUAAUAUAUUGUUGAAAGGGUUCUUUAGGGCUGGUCAGAUUAAGGAGGCUUGGGAGUUUUUCUUGCAGAUGAAGAAGAGGAAGUGUGAGAUUGAUGUUGUUACGUACACUACUGUGGUGCAUGGAUUUGGUGUUGCGGGGGAGGUAAAGAAGGCUCGGAAGGUGUUUGAUGAGAUGAUUGGGAUGGGGGUACUCCCUUCGGUUGCAACGUAUAAUGCAUUGAUUCAGGUUUUGUGCAAGAAAGAUAGUGUAGAAAAUGCGAUAGUGGUAUUUGAGGAGAUGUUGAGGAAGGGUUAUGUCCCAAAUUCUACAACUUACAAUGUGGUUAUUAGAGGAUUGUGUCAUGCAGGGAAAAUGGAUAGGGCAAUAGAAUACAUGUGUAGAAUGAAGGACGAUGAGUGUGAGCCAAAUGUUCAGACAUAUAAUCUCUUGGUUCGUUACUAUUGUGAUGAUGGAGAAAUUGAGAAGGGAGUCGAAGUUUUUGAGAAUAUGGGAAGUGGGAAUUGUUUGCCCAAUUUAGAUACAUAUAAUAUUCUGAUAAGUGCGAUGUUUGUUAGGAAAAAGUCAGAUGAUUUGUUGGUGGCUGGGAAGUUGUUGAUAGAGAUGGUUGAUAGAGGGUUUCUGCCACGGAAGUUUACUUUUAAUCGCGUCCUGAAUGGGCUUUUGCUUACUGGCAAUCAAGGUUUCGCAAAAGAGAUUCUGAGAUUGCAGAGCAAAUGUGGCCGUCUUCCUCGCCAGUUCAGAUUGUAAACCAUACUGUGGCUUCCAAAAAUAUCACUUCGCUCACAUUUUCUGCUACCGUGACACUAAUUAAAAGCGGCCAUGUGCUCAUUGGUGCUAUCCAGGUUAAUAUUGUUCACAAUAUGCUUUCAUUUGGUGGUAUGGUAACACUAUUAAGGUGUUGAAGAUUCUUAGUGCAGUUUGGAGUACAGACUACUUCUGUUCUGUGCCUUUGGUAGAGAGAAUUUGAGUGGUCACUCCACUUCCACAGGAUCGAAUUCUUUCCAUUCUUUGCUGUCUUUCAUAAGGAGGUCAAAAAUUGGCAGCUAAGAUUUGAAAAUGACAAGACUUGAGAUUUCAUCUCAAGGGAAAGCCUAUUGGCUUCGGGCCAGGGAACCUUUUCAUUUCAUGCGCUAAAAACCUUCUUCCAGAGCAGAUUGGAGAAAAUGAAUCAAAGAAAUGAUGACAGUGAUUUGAUCAGGACGAGGAAAUUUCGAUGCUGAAAAAAGCACAAGGCACACCAACAAGAAAAACAAAGAGUUGCGUCAUUAAAUAUGUGACGUCUAACCAUCUUGAUAUUGGAAUAUGUGACAUCUAACCGUCACAGUCACAGCCUAGUCACUAGCAUUUGAUCCUCAGAAUACGAGCUUUGUUGGGUAGUGAAUGUGUGCAAAAUGAAGCAUGUUUGGAGAUAAGCAAAUAUAUUUGCACAUACUUGGUGAAGGUAGCUCCCUCUGCUAUUCAAGUGCUGUGCCCGCUUGAUCUCUGAGUUGUUUCUGGGCUGCCUACUGUCCACAAUGUUCAGUCCUAUCCAACUCGAGUAAGAGAAAUCUCUCCGUCUUGAGGAUUGGAUGCUUAUCUCAUUCAAAUUUAUAAAUUCCUAGAUUAAUGUGUUCAAACAGAAGUGAAGUCAUAACAGAGAAGGUAAUGUUUCUACUCGAAAGAAAAUUGGACUUAACCUCUUGCAGAUUGUCCGUUUCUUGUUUGAACUGGUGAACCAAAGUGGGGAGUUCUUAGACAUUGUACUCUGGAUCUCUUUGGAAGCUGCACUGUUUUUUCUCUUGAAGAACAGAAGAGAUGAUGCUAUGAGAUUUGCGGCUACUCCUACUCUGUCGGCUGAUUUCGUCUUCCAUUGUGCAUUACUAUUUGUUUUUGUAUUUGGAUAAUAAGGCUAUGGGAUAGAUGAAGCAAUUGCUUGAGCUUGCGCAAGCAUUGUGU